AUGAGCGGCGAUCUUAGCAGGCAGAAGGCACCCUCAAAUAGGCACCCCAACUCGUUGGCGACAGGGCCGUUUCCAGAGCUGCGACCAUUGUCUCCUGUUGACUGGGAAGUCCCUCGCAAAGUGCUCCACAGCACUCCUGGCUUCGUGACCCUCGCUAUUUAUUUUUGUCGACCCAGGAGUUUGAAUGGCAUCAUUGCUACUCUGUGGACUGCAUUGGUCAUUGUCGUGUCAGCGGAUUUUUGGAGAUUUUAUUCGGAAGAUUUUGCAAAGGUCUAUGUGCGAUUUCUUGGCUCGUUGAUGCGAGAGUCUGAAAAGGCUGGCAUGGCGAAGCUAAAUGGAGUUGUAUGGUACUUGAUCGGAGUAAUUGCUGUCCUCAGUGCCUAUCCGCGAGAUGUGGCUGUUGUUUCGAUUCUUAUAUUAUCGUGGGCGGAUACUGCUGCCUCAACCAUUGGCCGUCUGUAUGGCCCAAAGACAUCCAAACUGCCCCGAGGGUCCGCGCUAGCGGUCGGUUUUUUUGUUUCGGUGGUGUUCUGGGGCACAUGUACUUAUGGGAUGGGACGUGGAGUUGAGGAGAGCUGGUGGCAAUGGGGUCAAACUCAUAAUGGCGGAUGGGGAGGCUUGAUAAUGCUGGGGUUUGGUGUUGGUUUAAUAUCAAGUCUGGUAGAAGCCCUGAACCUGGGCUCAUUAGAUGAUAACUUAACUCUUCCGAUCCUCGGUGGUGCCGCCAUCUGGGUUUGGCUGAUGCUGCUUAGACAUUGUACCGUAGCAAUCUUCUGAUCCCCUUUCGUAACUUGCAAUAUCCAACCCUCAGGGGGAAACAUCCUCAGACGAAGAAUUCACCCUUUUAGUGCUCACUCCCUCUAAGAGUUCGCCGAGGGCCUGUUCUCUCAAAGUUCAUUUAUAUGUGGCGGUCGGCAAUCGCACGAUGCACUCACCUACUGUCUAUUGCAAGCAACGCUGGCAACGGCGGGACAUUUUACUCUGUACACAACAUAUAUAGAACUCAAAUGAUUACAAAGCAGUGUUCUUGG